AUGGGAAUUAUCACACCAAUUGUAAAGUGUACGAAGGGUAAUAAAGAAGUAUCAUUCUUCACUAUGCCCGAGUAUGAAAAUUGUAAGGCGAAGACCUCUGAUGCUAAAAAUUGGAAGGUCAAAUAUUACAAGAAAGCUGAUGAUCGCAAGACAUGGUUAAGUAAUUUUGAACCCGGUAUCUACAUAAAUCAUGAUGAACAAGAAGAAAUCAUGAUAACGGAUUUUAUAAAUAGAGAGUUGAUCUUUUUCAGUCGAGCCGACAAUGAACGUUCGAUUCCAAGUGUUCUCGACGGUUUAAAGCCGGGGCAAGGAAAAGUUUUGUACACUUGCUUUAAGAACUAUAAGAAAGAAAUUAAAGUUUCUUCGCUAUCCGGGGCCGUUUUAGAACAAGCGGCAUAUCAUCAUGGUGAUGCAAGUCUUCAAGGUACUAUUAUCGGAAUAGCUCAUAAUUUUGUCGGUUCAAACAACGUCAAUAUCCUUAAUGGCGAGGGCCAAUUCGGCACAAGGGCUCAGGGGGGCAAGGAUGCAGCUAGCGCUCGUUAUAUCAGCUUGGUUGAACCAGAAUGGUAUUUGCCAAUUCUGCCAAUGGUCCUUGUUAAUGGAUCCGAGGGAAUCGGAACCGGUUUGCGUUCAUAUAUCACAAAUUAUAAUCCUCAAGAAAUCGUUGACAAUUUAAAACGACUAAUCAAUAAUGAAGAAACUGUACAGGGUACCACUUCAAGUUCCUUGGGUACAAAUAUGUGUCAUGUUCCUGUUGAACAUAAACGUCGGUUUAUGAUCAAAAAAAAAAUUGUAUUAAACAAUUUUAAAUCGUAUAUUGGUCAAGUUGAGAUUGGCCCAUUUCACAAGUCAUUUUCUGCGACAGUCGGACCAAAUGGCUCUGGAAAAUCUAAUUUCAUAGACGCGUUUUUCUUUGUAUUUGGAUAUCGUGCAAGUAUAAUGAGGCAAGGAAAAUUAUCAGGACUUAUUCAUUCAUCACAAGGAUGUGAGAACCUGGAUGCUUGUAAUGUGGAUGUGCAUUUUGAAGAAAUCCUUGAUACGCAUGAUCCAGAUGAUUAUGAGGUUGUACCUCAAUCUCAGUUGGUUAUCUCGCGUCAAGCUUUUCGCAAUAAUGCUAGCAAGUAUUUCAUUAAUGGACGACAAAGCAAUUACACUGAAGUUACAAGUCUUUUGAAAGAAAAGGAGAUCGAUUUGGAUCAUAAACGGGAAAUUGAAUCAAUAUCUCAGAUGAAACCCAAAGCACCAAAUAAGCAUGAAGAUGGACUCUUAGAAUUUCUUGAUGACAUUAUCGAAACUUCUAAAUAUAAAAUCCCACUUGAAGAAGCAAAUGAAAAGCUUGAAUUAUUGGAUGAAGAACGUUUAUGUAAAUUAAAUCGCGUUAAUAUAGUUGAAAUGGAUAAACAAAGUUUAGAG